GGUUUCAAGUACAAAACAGGCACCUUUUAUCAUGCUUCAUUAUGAAACAAGAUCUCCCAGAGAAUACAUCAUGUCUGCUCCAGCGCUUCAAGUGGCCACGUGUGCAGUGUUGCUCACAGUUUCAGGAGUUUGGGGAGCACCAUUUGCCUCCGAAGAAGAAGCCAAUCAGUUUUUACGACUUAAGAGACAAACACCCUAUUCUCAGAGCUAUUGGGACCCAAGUAGCAGCCAGAAUGCCUGGCACUUCACUGUGGCUGAACAGGUAUCCACCUUCUUCUAAGACUGGAUACUGCAUCUUCUGUUCUAAUCAGGCUAGUGAAACCUGGACUGCCCUGAGGACAACUGCGCAGUAUUACAUGGACUUGGGAUCAUUUGCGUAUUAUCCAGAGACAGCAAGGGACCAGAUUCAGUCUUACAUGGAAAUGUUACAGCAGUCUGGGACUCAUUUCCAGCAGCAGAUGACCCAACACAACUAAACAGGCAGCUGACAACAGACCCAUACUGUACAGUAAGGGAUGCCCCUCUGGUCAGAGCUUGAAGUCCAUUGCUUACGUCAACUUGACUUGUACUGAAGUUUCAGAAUCUGAGACUCACUGUUCUCUUUAACAGCUGUUCAGCAUUCACAGAGCUGCUUGAAACAUCUUCAGUAGUCCUGGAUUACGAAAGAAGAGUUGGUUUUAUACCCUGCCCUUCACUACCUGAAGGAGGCUUGGAGAGGCUAAUAAUCACCUUCUCUUCCUCUCCCCACACCCUGUGAGGUAGGUGGGAAGCUCUGAGAGAGCUGUGACUGACCCAAGGUCACCCAGCAGGCUGCAUGUGGAGGAGGAAUGGGGAAUCAAACCCGGUUCUCCAGAUUAGAGUCUGCUAUCUUAACCACUACACUACAGCUGGCAUUCUUCCUGGAGGACAGCUGGAGGACUUUCUCUGGACACAACCUAGCUGAGGAGAUCCAACCUGCUCUGAAAUAAAUGGGGUCUAUUUCUCUUGCACAGGGCCAAUUACUACUUGCAAUUGGGCUUUGCACCAAAAAACAAACAAACUUCCUAGUGUCCUUACUUAAGCAGCCACUGUUGGCUAUAGGAGAAAACUUAUAUGGAAUACACAGACUAAUACUGGGAUAUUCUUAAUGGGCCAAAACAUGAUGCUGGGGAUUUGGGACCAGAUUGUCCUGUAACAUGUACAAAAGGUAAAGGUAGUCCCCUGUGCAAGCACCAAUCAUUUUCGACUCUGGGGUGACAUUGCUUUCACAACAUGUAAUUUAGCCACAAAAAGCAGAUGCCUGGGAUCAAGUCCAUGGUGCCAGGAAACAGAGGAAGAACUCUUAUGUUAUCCGAAAGAUCCCAAAUUCUUCCCUCCAGCUACACAAUACCCAAAGCCACAGUUGGAUAAAAGGACAGGUACCUAUGCUGUGCCUGUCUUUUUUCCACAUAGGGACUUAAAGCAGCAUGAAGAGGGGUAUGGCUUGGACCAGGGAAAUGACACAGAGGAGAAAUUACCUACAUUCUUAGCACCACUUGCUGUAGGAUCAUGUAUAAUUCAACCCUAAGGAUUUUAAGCUACAUUUUAAUAAUUGAAACCCUUGGAGACCACAGCCCUUGAAAGAAAAGGAAAUGAAGACAGAUAUAAUUGCCUCUUGCUCUGUCCCUUCACCACCCCAGUUAAUAGCAUGUGGGACAGCUGUUGGAGUUAGCUUUGAUUAGCAAAAAUGUGGGCGUAGAAGGGUUAAAACCAUUGACCUCCAUGUGACAAAUUGGAAUUGUUUGACAAUACUAUUUGCUUUUGAAAUUGUUGGGACAAUCACAAAUCUCUCACUAUCUUCUGUUGUUAGGCCCUCAGGAUUGGAGGGAGGGAGAUAUUUUAGUUCAGGUUCUUUUAUCCCCAGAGGACUUAGGGUUGUGUAGAAGAGGUAAAUACCUUUAGAUGCCAGCACCUCAUUACUGAGUGGCAGAAGUCCUAGAUAAAGAGAAAGGAUUGCUUGUGCCUCACUAUCCUGAUUUCACUGUGAUAAAGCAAAACUGGUGGGCCAAAGGUUUAAGUGUCAAACUACGUUUGGGAUUCAAAAGGUUGCUCUACCAUGAUGCUGAGUGGAUAACCUUGGGCCAAUCAUCUUCUUUCAGCCUAACCUACCACAUAAAGUUGUUGUAAGUAUAGAAUGGAAGAUGUGAGAACCACACGCCAUGCCUGAGCUCUUCAGAGGAAGAGUGGGAUAAAAAUGAACUAAAUGCACUAAAAAUUGUUCUUAAUCACAAUGGAAGCUGAAAAAUUAACUUAUUCAUCACAAUGGAAGCUGAAAAUUAUUUCAUGGGGAAAAAAUCCUGGUUUGGCAAACCAUGUAUGAAAAGUGUUUCUUAUUUCUUAAAAUCCAUAUUGUAGGGAAGGGGCACAUUUAUGAAAGCAAACAUGCCUGACAAAAUUUCAAGAAUGUGUUACUUUAUGAUAAGAUUUCCCUGUAACAAAUGAUUAUGUAAACUCAGUCUAAUAGCGCAGCAACUUGUUUACUCAGAAGUGACUCCCAGUGUGUUCAGUGAUCUGUUUCAUGUUGCCUCCUCUGGUGGAUGCCCUUCUACAGGUUUUCAAAGACAUAUUUAUGAUCAACAUACCUUCACAAUACUGUUUAGGAAACUUGCUGAGGUGCCUGUGUGAGUGUGACCUGGAGGGAGAAAUGGUGGGGAAGGACAAGUACUUUGCUGUGUGCACCCCUCUCUGGAUUUGAAAAUAGCCUGUCUUCUUCAAAAGAAGGGCAGCUGAGCCACGGUUACAGGUGUUUGUCAUGAAGUUUGUCAUGAAGUGCAUGAACUCUUGCCUUUUAUUCUAAGCUACCUCACAGUGUUGUUGUGAGAAAAUGAUAAAAAUGGCAAAGCCUUUGUACUCGGGAAAGUGCUACAGUUGUUUCAGCAAAUUUUAUUAGAAGCUCCUGAUCAAAGCCGACCAUCUUUUGAUCUGAGUCUAUUGUCUUGAUUUUACUAUGUUAAAUUAAGUUGAAAGGCUUUUAAUAAAACAGAGUUCUACAAGAGCAAAGAAA